GGAAUGUAGAAAUUUUCAGGCUUUCGAGGCACAACAACGUCACCAAAAACAAAUGAAACCGAAUCAUCGAUGCCGAAUGACCAAGAGAACGGUACGCAAGGCUCUCCGUACGCUAUGGUACGUACGGUACGUACCAAGUACCGUCGCACACACUAUUUUUUCAAAAUAAUGGAGUAUCGGUGUCAGCCGAGUUCACAAGAAGAUUGUUACUCUUCCGCUAGCAUCGAAAUUGACCAUACGGUACGACACUAAUUCAAAGAAGGCGAAAGGACGGUCCCAUCCAAAUCGGCGUGGAGCACGAAUACGACAAUACUUGAGAAGAAAGUUUUGUUUCGAUUCGAUUACUCGAAAAGAAGAAUGCUUGCUAUGCGUUCCCCUCUCUUGCUGACCCUGGUGCUGUCGGCGGCGGCCCCCUCGGCCCUCGCGUGGAAUCCCACCCCGGCGUCUCCCCUGGCGACCAAGACCCACCGGCACGCCGUAGCAAAGAAGGCCCAGAGAACCUCUGCCACCUUCCUGGCGGCGUCCGGGGACGGCGUCCUGGAUUUCGUCAAGGGCCUCGACUCGGUCCUCGGCAACCCGACGGCCUACAGCGCCGCGGAGGCCGCCUCGAACAGCUGGGCGUCGUCGGUGGGCGCCGAUGCUGCUGCCGCCUCGGCGUCCGGUGGAGGCGUUUCCAUGAACGUUCCCAACGAGGUAGUCAUCGGGGGCGGCGUCCUGGUCUUCGCGACCGUCCUGGGCGUGGCCUUUGUGGCCCUGUCGCAAAAGGAGGACGAGGCCGACGAGGAGGAAGGCGGCCGGUACGGGAACGAAUCCUUCGGGGCGGGCGACGUGACGCCCCUCCCCAAGCGCACCGAGACAGCACCGGCAACCUCUGCGACCGAGUCCAAGCUGGAGGAAGCCAACACGGCCAUCCAGAAGCUCACCUCCGAGAACGGGACCCUCAUCGACCAGCUCUCCGAUGCCGAGGAGGACAACGGCAGACUCGCCGGGGAGGUCGAGAGCCAGGGCGGCCUCCUGGCCAAGCUCAAGGCCAGGCUCUCCAAGACCACCGAGGAGCUCGAGACGAGCCAGGAAAAGCUGGAGUCCGAGACCGCCCUGCGCAAGGAGACCGAGUCGCGGCUGACCGAGGCCACGACCGCCAACGAGGGGCUCACCGAGUCGCUCGAGACCAAGGAGAAGGCCCUGGUGGAGGCGACCGAAAAAUGGAACUGGACCAAGACCAAGCUGGAAAUGGAAACCCAGGAAAAGGAAUCGAUGAAGAAGGAGCUCAGGGACGUCGCCGAGACCAACCGCGUCCUGGAGGACAAGUACGAGCUGGAGCAAAACGCCCUCAAAAAGGCCAGGACCCAGCUGGACUCGACCCGGUCGACGCUGGAAUCCACGCAGAACCGCCUCACCAGGACCCAGGGGGAGCUGACCCGGUACCACUCGGAGCUCCAGGAGACCAAGGCCACCCUGUGGAAGACCUCGGUCGACCUGGAGAACCUGGAGGACGAGCAAAAGUCCCUGCGGAUCCUGGGGGGCAAGAUGUGGAGGCUCUCCAAGCAAAAGGUCUCGAACCGCGUCAGGGCCGUGGGGGACCGGAUCAAGCACCCCCGGCGGCGGAAGCAAAAGAAACGGAGGAACUAGCCACCAGUAGCAAGGGCGUGAGGAAGCGGCUGCCCAGUGGAGGACAAGCUACCGGACUCCCGCGAAGCCAUGUUAUCUAUAAUAUAUGUGAUAUAUACAC